AACUUUCUUCGGUUCUUUCUCGGUUCGUCUGCCCAUUUCCUAUUCCCAAUUAUUCCGGCACUAGUUUAAUUAUUGUGCAGCUUGAAGUGUGGACUGUCCUACAGAACCGAAAAUGGACGACGAGAGCGACGACAAGGAUGAUACAAAAAGGAAAUCGCGUAAUCUCAGCGAGAAGAAGCGGCGGGAUCAGUUCAACUAGCUGGUCAACGAUCUGAGCGCCUUGAUAUCCACCUCCAGCCGAAAGAUGGACAAGUCCACGGUCCUCAAGUCCACGAUUGCCUUCCUGAAGAAUCAUAAUGAGGCCACCGAUCGCUCCAAGGUUUUCGAAAUACAGCAGGACUGGAAGCCCGCGUUCCUCAGCAACGAUGAGUACACCCACCUCAUGCUGGAGUCCCUCGAUGGUUUCAUGAUUGUGUUCAGCAGUAUGGGCUCCAUCUUCUAUGCCUCGGAAAGUAUUACCUCCCAGCUGGGCUAUCUGCCGCAAGAUUUGUACAACAUGACCAUAUACGACCUGGCCUACGAGAUGGACCACGAGGCGCUGCUGAACAUCUUCCUGAAUCCCACGCCGGUAAUCGAGCCCAGACAGACGGACAUCAGUUCCAGCAACCAGAUCACCUUCUACACGCAUUUGAAACGCGGCGGGAUAGAGAAAGUGGAUGCCAAUGCCUACGAGUUGGUCAAAUUCGUGGGCUACUUUCGUAACGAUACCAAUACCAAUACCAAUACCUCGACGCCUUCCAGUGCGGAGGCAUCGAAUGGCUCAAAUGGACAACCAGCGGUGCUGCCGCGCAUCCUCCAGCAGAACUCCAAUGCCGAGGUGGACAAGAAGCUGGUUUUCGUGGGCACUGGUCGCGUACAGAAUCCGCAGCUGAUCAGGGAAAUGAGCAUUAUCGAUCCCACCAGUAAUGAGUUCACCUCGAAACACAGCAUGGAGUGGAAGUUUCUGUUUCUGGAUCACCGGGCACCGCCGAUCAUUGGCUACAUGCCCUUCGAGGUUCUGGGCACUUCCGGCUAUGAUUACUACCACUUUGAUGAUUUGGACAGUAUUGUGGCGUGCCAUGAAGAGCUAAGGCAAACGGGGGAGGGCAAGUCCUGCUACUACCGAUUCCUCACGAAGGGCCAGCAGUGGAUAUGGCUGCAAACGGACUACUACGUGAGCUACCACCAGUUUAACUCCAAGCCGGACUACGUGGUCUGCACCCACAAGGUGGUCAGCUAUGCCGAGGUUCUUAAGGAUUGUCGAAAGGAUGGCCCAAAAUCCGCAAAUAGCAGCACCAGCACCACCACCACCACCAACAAUGGCAGCAGCAAGGUCAUUGCCUCCGCGGGAACCAGCAGCAAAUCCGCAUCUGCCACCACAACACUGAGGGACUUCGAGCUGAGCAGCCAGAAUCUGGAUGGCACCUUGCUGGGCAAUAGUCUGGCCAGUUUGGGCAAUGAAACGACAGCCACCUCACCCGCCGUCGACUCAUCGCCCAUGUGGUCCGCGUCGGCAGUCCAACCGUCUGGGUCAUGCCCAAUCAAUCCGCUGAAGACAUCGCGUCCCGCCUCGAGUUAUGGCAAUAUCAGUUCCACAGGCAUCUCGCCGAAGGCCAAGCGAAAGUGCUACUUCUACAACAACCGGGGCAAUGACUCGGAUUCCACGUCCAUGUCGACGGACUCGGUCACCAGUCGGCAGUCCCUGAUGACGCACGUCAGUACGCAAAGCCAACGGCAGCGAACGCAUCACCGAGAACACCAUCGCGAAAAUCAUCACAGUCAGUCACAUCAUCACAUGCAGCAACAGCAACAGCAGCAGCAGCAGCAACAGCAACAACAACAGCAGCAACAGCAACAGCAGCAGCAGCAGCAACAGCAGCAGCAGCAGCAACAGCAGCAGCAUCAGAAUCAGCCGCAGCAACAUCAGCAGCAGCCGCAGUUGCAACAUACAGUGGGCACUCAGAAAAUGGUGCCCCUCCUGCCGAUUGCGCCCACGCAAAUAAUGACUGGAAACACGUGUCAGUUUCCGCAACCCGCCUAUCCGCUGGCUAGUCCCCAACUGGUGGCACCCACCUUUCUGGAGCCGCCACAAUAUCUCACCGCCAUUCCCAUGCAGCCGGUGAUCGCUCCGUUUCCGGUGGCGCCAGUUCUGUCGCCACUUGCGCAGCCACAACCGGAAAUGCUGCCCGACACGGUGGUGAUGACGCCAACGCAGAGUCAGUUGCAGGAUCAGUUGCAGCGGAAGCACGACGAGCUGCAAAAGCUGAUCAUGCAGCAGCAGAAUGAGCUGAGGAUCGUCUCGGAGCAGCUGCUCCUGUCCCGCUACACAUAUCUGCAGCCCAUGAUGUCGAUGGGCUUCGCACCUGGCAACAUGACAGCAUCAGCGGUGAGCAAUUUGGGAGCCGGUGGCCAGCGGGGGAUGAACUUCACCAGCAGCAAUGCCGUGCAGCCGCAAUUCAAUCAGUAUGGCUUUGCGCUGAACUCGGAGCAGAUGCUCAACCAGCAGGAUCAGCAGAUGAUGAUGCAGCAGCAGCAGAAUCUGCACACGCAGCACCAGCACAAUAUGCAGGCGCAGCAUCAGAGCCACUCACAGUUGCAGCAACACAGUCAGCAGCAAAAUCCGCAGCAGCAGCAGCAACAACAGAACCAGCAACAGCAGCAGCAACAACAGCAGCAGCAACAGCAGCAACAACAGAACCAGCAACAGCAGCAGCAGCAGCAACAGCAGCAGCAGCAACAGCAGCAACAGCAGCAGCAGCAGUUGCAGCUGCAGCAACAAAAUGAUAUUUUACUGCGCGAGGACAUCGAUGAUAUAGACGCCUUCCUCAAUCUGUCGCCGCUGCACUCGCUGGGCUCGCAAUCCGCCAUCAAUCCCUUCAACUCCAGCAGCAAUAACAACAAUCAAAGCUUCAAUGGUGGAGGUAAUCAGAAUACUGGCAACCAGAAUAAUAGCAACAACAAUCGCAGUACGAAUCCCCCGCAAAAUAACAAUGAGGACUCCCUGUUGUCCUACAUGCAAAUGGCCACCGAAUCGAGUCCUUCGAUCAACUUUCACAUGGGCAUCAGCGACGAUGGCUCCGAAACGCAGAGCGAGGACAACAAGAUGAUGCACAGUUCCAGCAGCAAUCUGGUGCAGCAGCAGCAGCAGCAGCAGCAGCAGCAGCAGCAGCAACAGCAACAGCAGCAACAGCAGCAACAACAGCAGCAACAGCAACAGCAGCAGCAACAACAGCAGCAGCAAAUCCUGCAGCAGCAGCAGCAACAGCAACAGCAGGCAAACAACUUCUUCAGUUCGAAUCCCUUUCUCAACAGUCAGAAUCAGAGCCAAAACCAGUUGCCAAACGAUCUGGAAAUAUUGCCAUACCAGAUGUCCCAGGAGCAAUCACAGAAUCUAUUCAACUCGCCUCACACAGCGCCAGGCAGUAGUCAAUAGCUGGUACCCACUGUACAUAACUCUCUUUAGCGAUAGGAAAAGGUAGGAUUGUAAGAAGUGCAGGCAACACAUAUAUUAUCAAGUUUGGCCUCUGGCUCUCUUUAUCGAACCUCCUCCUCUAUCGGAAGCCCAGAGCUAGUUGUAGAUCUCAACAGACUGAGUAUUGUCCCACCCCGCCCCUUCAUGUGUUAUAAAUCACAUAUAUAGUACUAUAGAAAAGUUCUCAAAAAAUCCAUUAUAAGUAAGUUCUAAAUCGUUGUACAUAAGACCAGCGGUAUGUCUAGUUUGUAGCAAGAGCCCAUCGUUUCCAUAGGCUAGCCUAUCCAGUAAGUGCCAUCGAGGCGCAAGAAAUGGAUCUCUGAUACGAAAUCGAACCUUAAAGCCUAAUCCUAAGUUAUUUGUAUUCUAAUUUACUGAGAAGCGACUAACAAGCGAACGAGUUGAGCAAAGCUAAUCCAAUUCCAUAUUAUUUUCAAGACUGGGCUUCGUCAUCGAGGUCAAUAAUGAUAUUUAUCGUACGAUUUAGUUUUAUUCUGUAUAUGAUUACAUAUAACUCAAAACUCAGGUUGAGAUUGCAACUGACAUUUAUUUCGCUGUGAACAUAUUCCCAUAAGUUUUCUUUAGGCCCGAUCUUUUCCGACAGCUGAAAUACUGAAAUACUGAAGUACCAUUAGUUCAAUCGUUAUCCCCAUUUCGCAAUGCAUUACUAUUUUGCUGUUGGAAAAGUUCGUUCGAAUAUGCUUCGAUCUGCAGCUGAUAAAGAGCCAAAUGCUUUAAAACUUAGAACUUGUAAAUGAAAACCAACUAUCUUAAACUCAACUACAACUACCUUAAUAAUUUUAGUUACUCAAUGUUUAAGAAUUGUACAUACCUAUAGAACGAGUCGGUAGAACUUGCUUAAGCCUGUAAAUACGCGUACGAUGAGGAUACUAACAUAUAGACCCAUUUUGUACAUAACUGUUUAUAUGUUUUUCAAAUGAGCUCAACAAAAACACAACAAAACAAAAGCUAAUCCAAUUGAACAUGCUAAUCAAACCAAAAAUCAAGAACACUAUCGAUACCGAGUUGUAAUAAAGCAAAACAAAAAACAGUUACAAAAACUUAA